UCUUCUUGCCCAGAUCCCAAAGGGGUAAAAAUAUUUGCUUAGGCAACACAAAUGUCCUAGACAAAAGCAAUGGAGUGCACCAUUUUUAUUUAUGCAAGGACCAAGAUUUUCAUGCUGUGUAUAUAAGUACACAUUUGAUUUUGUGUUAAACCCAGUUGGAUGUAGAGGACCAUUUUGUGCCAGGUGCCAAGUUUAAGAUCUGACAAUAUUAGGUGCUAACAAUCAUUCAUGGAAUGGGUGAGAGGACUUGUAAUGGCAGUUUUUAAAGUUUGGGCUCAACAGUGAAGACAACCCAGAACCCAGCUGUCAUUAUCCAGGGAGUCACCAAUCUCUCCUCAAAAUAAAGUCCUACCAGGUAGACAGGCAAUAUGGUACAUGAGAAAGGGCAGAUUGCUUGUGAAUGAGUCCUCUCUCUGCCUCUAGCAGCCAGGGAGGCUUUGCCAGCAUAAUCUCUCUCUCUUUCCUCAGCUUAAUAAGGCAAGAAAUGGAACAAAGGCAUUCACUUCAAAGGACUAUAAUAAAGACUAGAUGGAUAUAUAUCAAGUGGCUCACAGUAGAUGCUCAGCAAAUGGAAAACAUCCCAUCCUUCGAUGCAUGGGCAACAUUGGAGUCUGUAGACCCUCCUGCAAAAAGAAUGAGCAGCCCUACUACUACUGCAGAAAUUAUCAACCAUGCUGCCUCCAGUCCUACGUGAGGAUAAGCAUCACCGGAGCAGAGGGAAAUAAUGAUUGGUCUUAUGGGAACCACUGGCCCAAGAUACCUUGAAUGCUGGCCACCACAAUCCUCAAACCUUCUGGGAACACAGAGCUGCUGUUAAUCCCCCUGAUUAAAAUUCAUGCACUUG